AUGGCGGGAAAUAAAGGAAACAGGAACGAGACAAGCCAAUCAGCACGGGAGACCAAGGCUGCCUCCCAUGUGCUCCAGACAAUAUGGGCCUACAAGGACCUGCGAAGCGUCCUGGUCAAGGCCGGCUGGAACAAGACCCACUUUAAGCCAACAGCUACCGGGGUGACAAAAAAAUCUAAGAGUGGAAAGCAAGGCGCCGAUGACAUCACCUUGCCUCUCAUGGACAAAAACCAAGAUGUAUACUCCAGUUUAGAGCCAAACGAUAGAGUUGGAGAUGCUAAAGGGCCUGUUGUGGAAAGAGACAACCUCCAGGCGCUGAGUGAGAGAAAACACUUCAUCAGAGCUGGCAGGCCUGCAGUGGGCCUCAUGGAUAACAAACCUCCACCGCUGGACUCCUGGGUGUAAACACCACAACACGGCCAGAUACAUCCUGUAGAGACACUCUCCAUUGGUGAAAUACAGAUUUGUGCUAUUUGCUCAUUCUUGUACAGACAAUUCAAAUAAUUUCCUUAGUUUACAGGAAAUAACGUGCCAAACAUUUACAUGUAUAUAUUAUGGAGGUUAUUUGGAAAAACAUUUAAUAGAUUUUGUCCUUUAGCAUAAUAUAGCCUACUGUAUUUCUGAAAAACUCAUGAAGGAUUAUGUAUGAGAUAUGAAAUAGCCUGAAUAUGCAAACUGUGGUGAAUCAUGACUCCAAAGAUGAUAUGACAUGUACAAUUUAAAUUGUAUUGCUACACAAAAAGGAAAUAAUUUAUAAAACGUCUAGUUUGUCAAGUUUAAGGCCUAAAUUAGCAUCGGUUGUUGUCCAUCCCCAUGGGUUAUGGGCUGAAAAAUAUUCUGAUAUAAAAUUAUUUAAAUAUAAUUUGGUCAGUGUUUGAGAUAAUUACUAUUAGGGCCAUCGUCGGCCUCGUCUUUAAAAACAUCCAAAUUAUUUUGAAUUCAGUUCAUUCUUGACAAAGCUGCCAUCAGACUCGACUAUGCUGUUAUUAGCGAAGCCUCUCUAUUCCAUUUGUUUCAUGAUAGGCAAAAGGGAAUUGUAAAUGUGUAACAAAAGACUGUUAAUAUUCUAAAUGAAGGUAUUUAUAUUGUAAUAUUUAUUGUAAUACCCAUGUUAUUAAUUAAAGGUUAUCGAUGUGCAUUAGCUAAUCCCGGUAAGUGAUCCUACAUUCUAUACAACUCUGCUUUGCAGUGGUCCUUUUUGCAUCGCUAUAUUGAAUGAAAAAUGAAAAUAAAUGAUGUGCAUAAUUUCA